AUGAAACUAGAACAGGAGAAACUUGAUCUCUUAUGUCUCUAUUUCCCUAAGUUCGAUCGUGACGUAUUGGCAGAGCUCUUGAACUCCUGCGAUGGAUCAGUACAGAGGACGAAGGCGUUAGUGGAUGGUAGUGAGGCAGUGUCGCAAACCAAAAAGCGAAAUAGUGCGCUCUAUCAGUCCUCAAUAGCGGAACCCCUAGCGAUAUCUACCGCGAAGCGGCACCGACCACUAACAUCUAGUGCGAAAGUAAUACGGUUGCACACUCCCAAACAAGUACAAGCGCACUUAUAUCCCUUCGUAUCACUACAUAGGGCUAUUCUUCCACGAGAACUGAGUGAUGAGAUCCUUCGGUAUUUAAUGGGACUUAAAGAGUCAAUUACUCCAAACAAAUUUUACAUCUUUGACAACUAUUGUACCUCGAGCCAUGGAUCGGGGCUUAUGGCACCGGGUGAAGACGAUAAGCAGGGAGAUACUGUGAGAAACUUGAUCUAUAAUGGAAAACCACCUAAGAUCGUAGGUGUUUACAGUGAUGAGAUGAAGCAAGCGGCGGGCCGUGUUGCUGAUAUUAUCAACGAAAAAUUGAUACCACUGCUCCCCAGCCUACCAUUCCAGAACAAAGAACGAUGGGGCUCCAACAUGUGUAUUGUAAAUUACUACGAAAAUAUAUCUAGUCACUUAGACUACCAUUCAGACAGACUCUCGCAUAUUGGACCUCAUAAUUAUAUUGCAUCAAUCUCGUUGGGAGCUACACGCGAGUUUAGAUUGCGAAAGAACUACGGUAGCAAACAGAUUUACUCUAUUGUGCUUCCUCAUAAUUGUCUCGUGAUAAUGCAUCCAGGAUGUCAGGAAGAGUUCAAGCAUUGUGUCAACGCUCUUAAGAGUUCAAUUGAGCAGAAUCCAAUAUCAGGAAAAGAAAGGUAUAAUUUAACAUUUAGAUUCUACCCGAAAAGCUUUGUCCGACACUUACCUCGAUGUAAAUGCGAUCUUUCAAUGACGCUCAGGAGGUCUUACCUGACAGUCGAGAACAGAGGAAAGUACUUUUGGAGCUGCGAAAAUAAAUAUCAGCAUAAAGACUGUGGAACCUUCCAUUGGGCCAAUUUUAAUAAUCUCGAAGGGAACUAUAUUGCAGAAUGCGAUGAAGAUAUUUCAAUUUGGACUGCGGAGGAUGACGUGGAGAAGAACGAAUGGAUAGCAAAGCAGUCUGAAGAUUACCCCUCGAUAUAG